GCUACCUAUGCAGUGCCGGACAAUAGCCGCCAAGCUAAUGAUUGCAAUUCUCCGAUGUCGCCAUUGAAGCUCAUCAAUGAUUACAAUGGCAUUAUGAGGGAUUCCCAUCUUGUGCCCACUACUGCUGUACCUGCCUAGGUAUACAAUUAAUGUUGUACACACUGUAUUCCGGCAUGGGUUGCAUUGUCAAACUGAGCCCUCCGAAGGAUCCGGAUUUCUAUUGGCGUGAAAGCCACGGCAGAAGAAACGCCUCGGGACCAAAUCGCCAAUGGUAUCUUGUCCGCCGAUCGGAUAAGCACACCUUCGCUUAAGCUAACUAGAACAAAGAGGGAACAUCAUCGCUUCGCCUUUGCGAUGCGGGGAGAUAGAAGAUAAGCCAUGUAAUUGACACCGGAGUUCUGCCACACUGGCAGUGGCGCUCGGCUUCUGCUGGCUUCUAGUUUUCCUGUUAUUCCAGCUCGAAAUGCAUGUUGUCGUGGAAGAAUACGACCCCGAAUGAGCGGUGCAAUUCCAAAUGCUCAAAGAGGAACUUGAAGGCAUCCUACAGGAAGUGCGGUAUUAUCACCAUCGAUGCAUUCUGAGAAGCACUUGCAUCCCUCGCUUACCGGCAAAACCAGUCACUGAUCCCUCCGUGAUCAGCGAAUGGGGAGAUGUCGACGCUGCCAUUCAGGCAUUGAUGUCAAAAAAGGGUACAGAUAUAUGGGAGAGCUGGGAAUCCCAGAUCGUCAUACCUUCCGAAAACCUGGGCGUUCUCCCAGCUCGCCAUCUGUAUGAGUCUGUCAACCACUGUCGAUACAUUCGAAAUCAGCCCGCACUGCGAGAUACCUGCCGUAAAGACAAAAAUGUUAGGGAUGCAUAUGCAAAAACCAAGCUGGAGUUGGCCCAACGGGACUGGAGUAGUGUCGACGAAUAUUGCGAAGCCAAAAAUGGGAUAAUUGGCUGGGUAUUGGAACAGGCUGGUCUGAGCAGAGAGGACCGGAAAGAAAUCAGAAGAUUGAACCCAACGGUAUAGCACGCUCGUAAAACUUGAAGGCACAAUAUGUUCAUGUUCUUUUUUUCCUGACCUCCGUUCAACCCGUCCAUUAUUGAAGUUCUAGCCCGAGGUCCAGGCCACUUUUCUGUUCUGGGUCUGGGGUGCACUAGGAGGUGGAGAGACUGUGCUCGGGAUGUCGUCGUGUGAGGGUCGAGCUGCAUAGGCUAGAAAAAGCCGCCAGGAUAUCAUGCCUAUCCAUGGGCCAUUUUGUCAAG